AUGCUGUGGACAAAAUAUGCUUCAUCGGGUCCUCGAAUAGCACGGAGGCUUCACAUUUCAUCAAAGAAAAUCAGUCAUUCUAAGGUAUAUCUGAUCACAAGCGCCGUACUUACAACUGGAUUAAUAGGUAGCUAUUUAAGUCACGGUUACUUUGACGACAAGAAAAAUAAAUAUGAGCUAUCUCCAUCUCAUUUUGUCAAGUAUAGAAUUUCACACAAGCAAGAUAUUGAUUCAUCGCAUUUUUUGCUGGAGGUGACUCCGUUGGUCAAGCAGAAGGUUAACAUGUGGUCGUUGAUGACCGCAGAACAUAUAUGGUCUGUCGAAAUCAAGCAACCAGAAGUCAUGGUUGUUCGCAGUUAUACGCCUCUACCGCUUGAAUUUAACCCAACUUCAAAUGAAACGGAGAUUUUGAAAGAUGGUGACAAUGCAGACGGGAAGUUGUCCUUCUAUAUCAAAAAGUAUGAAAAUGGAGAGGUUGCAAGAUGGCUGCACCGCCUUCCUAAGGACCAUGUAAUUGAAAUAAGGGGUCCAUUUGUUGAUUAUGAGUUUCCGCAUUUGCCUGAUGAAUUGAAAAGAUCUCGUGAUUGUUUAUACAUGAAUAAUUUCAAUAAAGGGAUUAAUAUCAAUAAUGAAAAUCCAAAAUACAUUUAUCAGCCUUACGAUGUAAUUAUGUUCACUGCAGGUACUGGAGUGGUGACGGCCCUGCAAUUACUUUUAACGGAGUCACCAUUUAGAGGUAACAUGAAGAUAUUUCACACUAGCAAAAAUAUCAAUCAGUUGGGACCCUUGUAUUCUAUACUUUCAAAACUACAAGCUUCAAACAGGGUCCAGUUGCAGAUUUUUGAAUCCGAUAAACAAACAAGGAAAGAAAUACUGAAAAAUAUUGAGAAAGCAGCCACUAGACCCUAUCCCUACAAAGGUCUGUUGCCCUUUUCAAACGUCAGUGGUAACAAAUUUGAGCCCAUAUUGGCAUUGGUGUGUGGACCCGAAAGUUAUAUUAGUAGCAUUUCUGGAAACAAGGAUGGCCUUAAUCAGGGGCAAGUACAAGGCUUGCUCGAUGCUAAAGGCUGGGAUUCCCAGAAUGUGUAUAAACUUUCAUAG